AUGUCACAAAGCCCAUUGAGACUCGCAUUUCGCGUUGCCCGGCCACUGAGCCGCCACCAGGAUCCCAGAUCCUACAUCCGAGCUUGUCGGACCAUCUCAAGCAUCCCAGCAGAGCGGUCGACAAAGACCCCCUCGACUUUGAGCAUCGGUCAGACUUCGACCGGUUAUGCCACUCGGCGCUUCUCAACGUCGAGCAUCCACCAAGCAACCGUGGUUUUACAAAACCCCCGCGUCGAUGAAGAUGGGAAAGAAAUGACGAUUGAGAUCUCUGAGCGAGCGGCCAAGCGUCUCAAGCAAAUAACAAGCGCCCCUCCUCGAAAGAACACACUGACUUCCUCCCCUUCGUCGCAAGAUUCCCACCUCCGAGUCACGGUGACUUCUGGCGGAUGUCAUGGCUUCCAAUAUCUCAUGUCUCUCGAGGAAGCAUCGAAAGUUAAUAAAGAGGAGGACACAGUGUUCGCUAUCGACAACGAGCAGGUCGACGGCCCCGGUAAAGCGGAGGUGGUAAUGGACCAUGCGUCAUUGGAAUUGCUCAAGGGCAGCACUGUGGAUUUUACUACCGAGUUAAUCGGAAGUCAGUUCAAGAUCGUGGGGAAUCCGAGGGCAACGAGUAGUUGUGGCUGUGGGACGAGUUUUGAUAUUGAAUGA